GUGAUGACCAUGAACACGAAAUGGGAAUAGACAUUACAACGGAAGAACAGCGUAUUUGGGAUUUUCUAUUCGAUGUGAAGUACUCAAUGACACGGGGAAUGGUCAUCUCCUUGUCUAGCGGGGUAACAAAAAAAUUUGGUCAAUCUGCUGGAGAUGUUAUCUUCGAGAGUAUAUACGGCUUAGAACUCACAAAAACGCUGAUGCGCACUUUGAGGGAGGAAGUGAAGGUCUGCUCUGAUGUAGUUGAUGCUUGGGUAGAUGUGAUGAAUUUUGAAGAACUUGACAGAACCGACGGCUGCCCGACGCGGGUUUAUUUUAGCACAACUGUGAUAGUAAGUAUUCAUACUAUAUUACUUGAUCUUUGA